AUGGAUCCGACAUUUGAUAUGAAGCGAAUAGAAAAAGAAAUCUAUGCAAUACAAAAGGCAGCCACCCUAUCUUCUCCAGAGGACAAGAGGAGUAGUUGUCAGGAUGUAACAGCCAUACCACCGGCUCCUCCUCCUCCUCUUCCGCCUUUGAUGGAUGAAGACGAUCCUUUCAAUAAAUUUUGGGGAAUGAUUGAACCCAUGAUGGAAAAGCUACCUGUCAUUGACGACAACACCUUGAACCAAAACAAUCCUAUCCAUUAUGAUACAACGCUGAAUGAUAGCGUCACUGAGCAUAUCAAAAGAGAAAUGGCAGACAUAGCGGAUGGCUUCUUUUCCAAUCCUGACCCACAGAAACAACUUGAGUCCAAGAACGACGACGAUGGACAGCAUAAAAAGAGCCCAAAAGAGGAGAAUGAAGCGUUAAAAGAGCAAAUGUCAAUCAUUAAAAAUCAAAUACGAGACUUGGAAAAGAAAUCAGUGGAUAGCACCGUGUUGAAAAGUAGUAUUGUUCAAUUCAAAAAUGAUAUUCAAAAACAAGCCCUUCGCAUUCUUCAAGAAAAUCAAGAAACAGCUGCCAUGAGCAUGACACGUUCUGCCUCUGCCACUUCGCCUACGCACAACAUCAGAAAUACACGUCCUCCUCCUCAUGGGAAUAGCCAUCUCGUGACUGCCACCACAGCGGCUGGAGGAGGAGCAAGCACGGCCGAGAUUGUCAAUCGCAUCAAGGAAUUAGAGGACAUGAACCGAACACUCAGAUUACAAAACAAGAAACAAGAGCAUCUCAUGGCAAAGUAUAAAGAAAGAUGGGAAAAGCUAAAGGAAGGAGCAAGAAAGCGACACCCCUCACAACCAUUGCAGCCACAACAGUCGCAGCCACAGUCACAGCAGCCAUCGUAG